AUGAUGAUGAUGGACACACUCACUCUUCUCCUGGUUGCUCUCUCUCUGCCCUGUUAGUUCUUAUACUUCUUCAUCUUUUAUCUUCAUCAGAAAACCUCCUCUGAUGGUCAUCACUGGUACCAGAAAACUCUGUGACUGUAUGACUCUCUGACUUUCUCCUGUGGUUCCUCUCUGCUUGUAUCUCAUCAGGUUCUGCAGGUCAGAGCAUGGAGUCUCUUCCUUCCAGUUCGGUCCUGAAGAGGCCUGGGGAGACUCUCAGUCUCUCCUGUAGGGGGUCAGGCUUCACUUUUAGCUGCUGUGUUAUGAGCUGGAUCAGACAACCAACAGGACAAGCACUGGAGUGGAUAGAGAGCGGCUUCUCAACUCAAAGCAGGAACACUUAUGUCAGCAGAUUGUCAGGUCGAGUAGAAAUCAGCAGAGAAGACAGCAGCAGCAUGGUGUAUCUGAGACUGUCCAACUUACAGCCUGGAGACUCUGCUGUUAAUUACUGUGCCCGCAGAGACACACUGGUUAAAGUUCAGAGGCUGCACAAAAACUCCACAUUAAAUGUCCUCCUAACAGAAACCUACAGGUGGCAGCAGAGGACAUGA